CGCACGCACGCACGCACGCACACAGGCGCACGCGUUUGGGCGUCCCUCUCUUCCUCCCCGCCCAGAUGUCGUACUUUGGCGAUGAGGCGGUCAAGCUCGUGCGCGAGAUGCAUCGCGUGACGACGCUGAUGGCCUCGCACUCGCAUGCCAGCUCCUCCACUCUGGAAACCAUUUUGCCGGCGUACAAUGAAGCUGGCAUCCGAGCCGUACUCAUGGAGUGCCGCUCAUUGGCCAGUAUGAUCGAGGCAGACCUGGUUCGCGUGCAUGAGCUCAAGCAGCAGGCCGCGGCUGGGAUAUUUUCCGGUGCCGAGUCGGCCAUGGACUCGGCCUCGCCGUCGGUCACUGGGGUGUCACAGCGGAGCGCCCACUCGGCGACCUCCCUCCGGUCGGGGACAACCGCCUCCGGCUACCAGGGCGAUGUCAGCCAAGGCAAUGUCACUCACUCGGACAUGCGAUCGGAGUCCGAGCCACUUGCAGCACCCUCCCAAGUCAGCGUGGCUGAUAGUCAGACCCACAUGUCGACCACCGAGACCCAAACUACCAUGAGCCCUCACACGACGACUGCGACCACCAUCAGAAGUACCGCGUCCAUCACUCCCAGCACCACCUCCGGCAUUAUUCCGGAGCACGUGGAACCCGGUGAUAGUGAUGAGGAAACCGCGGUCGAGCGCCUUCCCCGGUCGCGACAUGAGUCAGCCGUGUCGGCAUACGACAUCCGUCGAGUGGCCUACGUGCUGACCAUCUUCCGAAACAAGCGCUGCCUGGCGGCAUACGUCCGCAGCCGAGCGUCGCUGCUCCUGCGAGCAUGCUGGCAGAUGGGCGGCCGGCCGAACCCCCCGCCGGCCCUGGCCGCUCGACUGAGUCGCACCGAGCUCGACCUUUGGCGGCAAUAUGCCUCCCUACUUGCGGACAUGCGCACCGGCGGCCUGGUUGUGCUGGAUGAAGACUUGGAGGCGGCCGCCGCCGAGAGUGAUUUGGGCGGGCUAUAUGGCACGAUUGGCGCUGCGCGCUCGGCUCCGGGUGGCGGCCAGCUUGAUGAGUAUGACACCGGCUGGCUGGACCUGGAUCUCAUGGCACACGAGGCCCCACCUCAGGGGCUCUUUGUGGAAGUUCGUGUCCUGCGCGAUUGUGGAUCGAUCCAGACCGAGGAUGGCGUGGUCCACCUGACGGAGAACAGCAAUCACUUCCUCCCCCGAUCGGCCGUGGAGCAUCUCAUCAGCCAGGGCUACCUGCAGCACAUUGCUUGAGAUAAACGGGGGAAAAAACAAAAAGAAACACACAGGGGCGCCACAAUUCGAGGCCCACCCUUUCCAGCAAUACAAUAGACCAAUACCAGAACCGAAACA